UAACGAUUCACACAUUCCCCAAAACUUGGCGCUCUUUCAAUAUUGUUUUGAAAGACCCCCACCCCCUCUUCUUCAAUCUCUCUCUCUCUCUCUCUCUCUCUCUCUUCGCCAUGGCGGCCCAGCUUCAGAAGAAGCAGAAACUGGUAGAGGAACAGCAACAAGAAGGCGAGGAUAUGCAACACGGUCCUUUCCCCAUUGAACAGCUUCAGGCUUCUGGUAUAGCUGCUCUUGAUGUUAAAAAGCUGAAAGAUUCUGGUCUUUGCACUGUGGAAUCUGUUGCAUAUUCACCAAGAAAAGAUCUUCUUCAAAUCAAAGGAAUUAGUGAGGCCAAAGUCGACAAAAUCAUCGAAGCAGCCUCAAAGCUUGUUCCCUUGGGUUUUACCAGUGCUAGCCAACUUCAUGCACAAAGGCUUGAAAUCAUCCAAAUCACAUCUGGGUCUAGAGAACUUGACAAGAUUUUGGAUGGAGGGAUUGAAACUGGAUCUAUUACUGAAAUAUAUGGUGAAUUUCGUUCGGGAAAGACUCAGUUGUGUCAUACUCUAUGUGUCACUUGUCAGCUUCCAUUGGAUCAAGGUGGUGGUGAAGGGAAAGCCUUGUAUAUUGAUGCAGAGGGCACUUUCAGGCCACAAAGACUCUUACAGAUUGCAGAUAGGUUUGGACUUAAUGGCGAAGAUGUUUUGGAGAAUGUUGCUUAUGCUCGAGCAUAUAAUACUGAUCAUCAAUCUAGGCUUUUGCUGGAAGCAGCUUCGAUGAUGGUUGAGGCCAGGUUUGCUCUCAUGAUAGUGGACAGUGCUACAGCUCUUUACCGAACCGAUUUUUCUGGGAGAGGAGAACUGUCAGCAAGACAAAUGCAUCUAGCAAAGUUCUUGAGGAGUCUCCAGAAGUUAGCUGACGAGUUUGGUGUCGCCGUAGUCAUCACGAAUCAAGUUGUUGCUCAAGUCGAUGGCUCUGCAAUGUUUGCUGGCCCACAAAUCAAACCUAUCGGUGGAAAUAUCAUGGCACAUGCAUCCACUACAAGGCUGGCACUUCGAAAGGGUAGGGGAGAGGAGAGGAUUUGUAAAGUAAUAAGUUCUCCGUGCUUGGCUGAAGCUGAUGCACGAUUUCAAAUUUCUGCUGAAGGAGUUACAGAUGUAAAGGACUAAUGGUUGUCGAAUUGAUUGUACGUUCAAGAUGUUGCUAUCUUUGUGCCAUCAUCUUCAUCAACAGAUGCUAGUAGAUAUAAUCUAUUCUAGUUGCUCAUAUGCAUGGCUGCAGUUCAUAAUUGUGAAAAAUAGUUUUCUUGUGCCAUAGUAUAAGAGUAUCCUUCCUUUCUUCCUGUAAUUUGUUUCUAGAGGCACAGUCAGAUCAUCAAUGAUUGUUUCCAUUUCUUUUUUCGUCUUUGAAUGAAAUGAUAGCCAAGUGAUUUUGACUAACAUCAAUGGCACACAUUUGUUAGGUGCUUUCUUUUCUUUUCGUUAGCAAUGAAACUUGUAGCUCUUGUUGGUUGU